GUGGCCCUUUGCAGGCUUUGCGUGUUGGCAGAGUGCCCAAGGUUAGCACAUGUGUUUGUAAUUAGAAAGAUAAGGCCCCGUGCGGCGGUAACUCCCCUCGGCCUGCUGUCUGAAGGCACAGAUGUUGGCUGCACACCUGGGUGAGUUAUUCGGCAGAAGACUCGGCCCGCCCACAGAACCAUCUUUGGACAGUCUGCAGCAUGUGUGAACUGUGUGCGGUGGUCAAACAGUGGGAUGUAUUUAGCUUCUGGGGGAGAUGACAAACUGAUUAUGGUGUGGAAGCGGGCUACGUACAUCGGCCCCAGCACCGUGUUUGGCUCCAGUGGUAAGCUUGCCAAUGUGGAGCAGUGGCGAUGUGUCUCUAUCCUCCGGAGUCACUCAGGCGAUGUGAUGGAUGUAGCAUGGUCUCCCCAUGAUGCCUGGCUGGCCUCGUGCAGCGUGGACAACACUGUCGUCAUCUGGAAUGCUGUGAAGUUCCCAGAAAUUCUAGCUACUCUGAGAGGCCAUUCUGGCUUGGUAAAGGGGUUAACUUGGGACCCUGUUGGUAAAUACAUUGCCUCUCAAGCUGAUGACCGCAGCCUAAAGGUAUGGAGAACGCUGGACUGGCAGUUGGAGACCAGCAUUACCAAGCCUUUUGAUGAGUGUGGAGGGACAACCCAUGUGUUGCGGCUCAGCUGGUCACCUGAUGGGCACUACCUGGUGUCUGCCCACGCCAUGAACAACUCUGGCCCCACUGCCCAGAUCAUUGAACGGGAGGGCUGGAAGACCAACAUGGACUUUGUCGGGCACCGGAAAGCUGUGACUGUCGUGAAAUUCAACCCAAAAAUCUUCAAAAAGAAGCAGAAGAAUGGGAGUUCUGCAAAGCCCAGCUGCCCAUAUUGCUGCUGUGCUGUUGGCAGCAAGGACCGUUCUCUCUCUGUCUGGCUCACGUGUCUGAAACGGCCUUUGGUUGUCAUCCAUGAGUUAUUCGACAAAUCCAUCAUGGAUAUUUCCUGGACUCUGAAUGGGCUGGGCAUCUUGGUGUGCUCCAUGGAUGGCUCUGUGGCAUUCCUAGAUUUCUCCCAGGAUGAGCUCGGAGACCCCUUGAGUGAGGAGGAGAAGAGCCGCAUUCACCAGUCCACAUAUGGCAAGAGCUUGGCCAUCAUGACUGAGGCCCAGCUCUCCACAGCCGUCAUUGAAAACCCAGAGAUGCUCAAAUACCAACGCAGGCAGCAACAACAGCAGCUGGAUCAGAAGAGUGCCUCGGCCAGAGAGACAAGCUCAGCUGCCUCAGUUGCUGGUGUCGUCAAUGGGGAAAGUCUGGAAGACAUUAGGAAGAAUCUUUUGAAGAAACAAGUUGAGACUCGGACAGCAGAUGGUCGCAGAAGAAUCACGCCUCUCUGCAUAGCACAGCUGGACACCGGGGACUUCUCCACGGCAUUCUUUAACAGCAUCCCACUCUCGGGCUCCCUGGCGGGCACCAUGCUCUCCUCUCAUAGCAAUCCACAGCUACUGCCCCUGGACUCCAAUACCCCCAACUCCUUUGGCGCCUCGAAGCCCUCCACAGAGCCUGUGGCUACAACUGGCGCCAGGCCGGCUGGUGAUACUGUCAGUAAGGACAGUGUGAAUGCUACCUCUACUCCUGCUGCAUCGUCACCCUCUGUGUUAACGACCCCGUCCAAGAUUGAACCCAUGAAAGCAUUUGACUCCAGAUUCACGGAGCGGUCCAAAGCCACGCCAGGUGCUCCUGCCUUGACCAGUGUGACUCCAACAGCUGUGGAAAGGUUGAAAGAGCAAAACCUUGUGAAAGAGCUGAGGCCCCGGGACCUCCUGGAGAGCAGCAGUGACAGCGACGAAAAAGUCCCUGUGGCCAAGCCUUCCUCGCUGUCCAAGCGAAAACUGGAGCUUGAGGUGGAAACGGUGGAAAAGAAGAAGAAAGGGCGGCCUCGGAAGGACUCUCGGCUCAUGCCUGUGUCUCUGUCUGUCCAGUCCCCAGCUGCCCUGACCGCAGAGAAGGACGCCGUGUGUUUGUCUGUACCAGCACCUGCACUGAAACUGCCCAUGCCAGGUCCCCAGAGAGCAUUCACCCUCCAGGUGAGCUCCGAUCCCUCCAUGUACAUUGAGGUGGAGAAUGAAGUGACUGCCGUGGGAGGUGUGAAGCUAAGUCGUUUGAAGUGUAACCGGGAAGGGAAGGAGUGGGAGACGGUACUCACCAGCCGGAUCCUCACUGCUGCCGGCAGCUGUGACGUGGUAUGUGUUGCCUGUGAAAAGAGGAUGCUGUCCGUGUUCUCCGCCUGUGGUCGCCGCCUCCUCCCUCCCAUCCUCCUGCCGUCCCCAAUCUCCACUUUGCACUGCACGGGCUCCUACGUCAUGGCGCUCACUGCUGCAGCCACGUUGUCUGUCUGGGAUGUUCACAGACAGGUGGUUGUGGUGAAAGAAGAAUCUCUACACUCCAUCUUGGCAGGAAGUGACAUGACAGUGUCACAGAUCUUGCUGACACAGCAUGGAAUCCCAGUGAUGAACCUGUCUAAUGGGAAGGCAUACUGCUUUAAUCCGUCGCUUUCUACAUGGAACCUGGUUUCUGACAAGCAGGACUCCCUGGCCCAGUGUGCGGACUUCAGGAGCAGCCUGCCUCCCCAGGACGCCAUGCUGUGCUCCGGACCUUUAGCCAUAGUCCAGGGCCGUGCCUCCACUUCAGGAAGACAGGCAGCCCGGCUCUUCUCCGUGCCUCAUGUAGUGCAGCAGGAGACCACCCUGGCCUACCUGGAGAAUCAGGUUGCGGCGGCACUCACCCUGCAGUCCAGCCAUGAGUACCGCCAUUGGCUCCUCCUCUACGCCCGGUACCUUGUGAACGAAGGGUUUGAAUACCGACUCCGAGAAAUAUGCAAGGACUUACUGGGUCCGGUUCACUACUCCACUGGAAGCCAGUGGGAGUCAACGGUAGUGGGUCUGAGGAAGAGAGAGCUGCUGAAGGAGCUGCUGCCAGUCAUCGGGCAGAAUCUCCGCUUUCAGCGCCUCUUUACCGAGUGUCAGGAGCAGCUCGACAUCCUGAGGGACAAGUAGCCUACCCAGGCCUUCCCUGGCUGCAACAAGGGCAGGGCCACACACUCGCCGCUGACAAUGCACAGGGCCACCUCUCACCUCGUCAGACUACAGAAGGACGAGGAGACACUGGCAUGAGGUGGGCUGUCCUGUGCCAGCGCUGGCCCAGCUCCCUGGGCGGACUUCCCCCAUAUCCUGGGCCUGUUGCUCCCUCAGAGGGGGGCAGCUCUGCCCGCCACUCAUCCCUCCCUCCAGGACCCCUGUGCAGAGCUGGGGUUGGGGCCCUGCCCUGCUGCCCUGGGGUCAGUGAGGCACUCCCAGGCCUGCCGUUUCCAGCACGGGCCCGAGGUGGACACUAGUCCCUGCCACAGCAGGCAUCGUGCUGCUUCAGCUAUGACGAAUGAGCCAUUUGUGAAAGAGAGACCCCGGAAAUGUUAGUGUAUUAUGCAGUCAGUAGACUGACCCAAGACCUAGGUAAAAGGAAAGGCUAUUCCAACGCGGACUAUUUUUGUACUAGAAUUUGCUAACUUGUAAUAUGGAAUUUUCCUUUUGGCCAAUAAUCAGGAUUUCCCUAUAAGUCACUUGGACAUUGGUCACUUGUAGGAAAUUUAAACUCUAAUUAUGACAGCUACAUUGAAAAAUAAUUGUACUGAAAUUAACUUGUCUAUCUUCAUUUGGUUUUAAUUUUUAAAUGUUUGUAAAAAGAGACUGUUUUUUGGGGAAUGGGGCAGAGGGGUGGGCGAUUUCUUUUGUAAGUGUAAAAUAAAUGAACACGCAUUGGAUACCAAAUCAUCCUGGCUUCCCCUGCCUUUUCCUUCUAACUUCCCCCUUCCUCCCCUGCCGUAGCUCCCUCUCCCAAAAUGGGUAGUUAUGGAACAUCAGAACUGGAAGGAAUCUUUGAUGUCCUCUAAUGGCCCCAACUUCUCUGUGCAGAAAUUCAUUACCCAGCAUGGAGGUCACUUCAUUGACCAUGAAGCAUCUGAGGCUUCUGGGGCUAGCAGAUAGGCCACCUCACCUGAGGCUCCUCCCAAGCCAGUCAUCAAGGUCCUUGCUUCUGGCUGUGCUGUGCCCCUUGGUCCCCAAUCAUGCUGGGCACCGAGGGCUACAGCUGGCUUGCCAAUUUUGUGGAAGGAAAUCAUUAAGUACAGACUGGGGUUUUCUGAAGAAUUAUCUGAAAGCUGUGAUUUUCCUAGAAUGUGGUCCAGAAGCUGACCCACAGGAGAGGAAAUAGCUAGAAUCACAGAAUCUUCAAGCAUGGUGAGGAUGGAGCACCUUUACCUCUGUAUUAUGCACCUCUCUGUUGCCUCCCUGCCAGCUGGGUGGGAUCCCAAGUCUCAAGAAAGAGGCGUGGAUUUAGAAUUAGAAGACCUGGGUGACUCUGGCCACUGGUAUCCCCUCUCUGGAUGCUUUCCUACCUAGUGGCCAUCUUACUGCCUUCUCAUUCAUGUCAGGCAGCUGGAUGAGACACAGGCAUACAGGCAUGCCUGACAAAGCCAGAGCACAGAGUGCAUGUGGGUAUGAACACCUCAGAGGCCAGGCUGCAAGUAUGAGCUAUUCUUAAAGGAAUGAGGAGCCAGGGAUGCCAUGCAGGUCAGGCAGCUCCCCUGGCAAUUCGGCAGCAAGGCAUGGAGAACUCUGGAGCCACAGGAUGCACAUGGCCUUGGGACUGACAGGCUUGUCCGGAAUCCAGACCAGCAAAAAUCUGGGCCUACUUUUCAGCUGUCAAUUGGAGAUGAGGUUAAGAAAACCUGCAUGGUUGUGAGGGCUAACCAGGAUCACACAGGCAAAGUCCUGGUGCUUAACAAA